CGUGUAAUUUACAUGUCAGCGGUAUUAUUAGAUUUUUUUUUAUUGUCUACAAUCGCCGGAUUCCAUUAGAAUUAAUAAAAAGUUAAUGUAUUUAUUAUACACACAAAUUUUCAUUUAGUAAAAAUGUUUAAACUAAACUUGUGUAUAAUCGCUGUUUUGUUGCUGUGUUCGUGCACAUUUGCCGAUAAAAAAGCAAAAAAAUAUUCCAAAGAAGCAAAUGACCCGCAUUUCGAACAAGUGAAAUCUGAAACCUAUGAUCCCGAUUUCCGGACUCUGCAAAGACCAUUUCGUAUGGCUAAAUUGAACUUAGUAUGGGCUAAGGCACAAAAUAGGUUGACAGAACCUAAAUUGAAAUCCUUGUAUAUGGAACUGAAAAUACAUGAUAAAGAAGAAAUUACCUGGAAACAAUUGAAUUCUCAGCAUAAAGACAAAGAUGGUCUUAAGGAAAAUGAACUAAGACGUAAAUUGAUUGGUAUAAUGAGCUCCUACGAUUUAUUGGAACAUUUUGAGGAGACUGAAGAUAAGGAUAAGGUAAAGCCCUAUAAAAAAUUCCACGAUCCCGAAGAACGUCAUAUCAAUAAGAGUCUUUUCAAAGAUAAGAAAUUAAACAAGUUAUGGGAAAAAGCUGAAGUUUCAGGCUUCACUGCAGAGGAGUUAAACUCAUUAAAACAGGAAUUUGAACAUCAUCAAGAUAAGGUUGAUGUUUAUUACAGUUUGUUGGAAAACAUAGGAUCACAAGUGGAUGUUAAUAAGCAUGAAAAUGCCAUUAAUGAAGACGAAUUGGAAAAUUUUAAUAUGAUUCCAAGUGAUCCCAACGACAAUGAAAUUGAAACUCCAACAACCACAGCUAAGAAAUAUGAAAAUCACAUAAAUGAAGUGCGUGAUCACCAUCGCGGUCUUAAAGAUCACUACGAUCGUUUGGAGCGCUUAGUCUCUGCCGGCCCGCAUAGUCAAGAUUUCAUAGAACCUAAAGUACAAGGCUUAUGGCGUGUGGCUCAGGCCAGUAAUUUUACUGAUAACGAAUUGUCAUCCAUUAAAAGUGAGCUACAUCACUUUGAGUCGCGUCUUCUUAAGUUGCGUCACUUGCAUGCUGAGCAUGCUUUACAAAAGGAAAAAUAUAAAAACGAAAAACACAAAGACAAAUCAAAUCGUUUUGAAGAUAUGGAAGACACUAUUAAAAAACAAUCGCGUAAAGUUGAAAAAAUACAAGAAAACAUAGAGAAGACUAUAUUUAAACAUACUGAACUCUGAACUCUUGAUUGUGUUAGAUUUUGUUUGGUAUUGAUAAGCGUGCAGCUAGCUGAGCUCAACAGUUUGUAAGAAGCCAAAUUCGAAUAAAAUUAUACUAUAGUUUUAAGUUAUGUGUGAAAUUAAAGCAUUUGUAAGCAAUAUUUUUUUAAAAACGUAUAAAAACAAAUACAUAUUUAUCGUUUUUUGUUAAAUGAAA